AUGGCAUCUUCAGCAUCAGUGAACAAAAAGCAUCCACAAACAUCGACGCCGAUCGUACACACAAAAGAUAAUUCAAAAGUACCACCACGAAAAUUGUGGCAGACGAAAAAUGAAAAACCGGAAUUUGCCGAUUCGAACACGUAUAGGAAUUCGAAUAAAGAUGAGAUAUGGGAUGUGAUCGAAUCUCCGCAAUUUGUAGAUUUUACGAAUCCACCAGAUAUAGGAGAUUCGUUUUUCAAUAAAUCCACUGUAGUUGUGAGCACGCCAAAUUUGAAUUUUGCAAACACAGAAUAUCCAAAUACAACUGCAGAUGACAAUACAUUGACUGCAUGUUUCGAUAAUCUCUCUUUGUCCAGUAUAGAAUAUGAUGAUGCUAAUGAUGAAACAACAUGCGUAAACGAUAAUUUACAGAAACAGGAAAUAGAAGAAUAUGUAGUUUAUAGUAAUGAUAUUAAACUGGAACCUGAAAUUAACACUAAAAUUUGUAAUAAAGUGAAAAAGCCGCAGAAAACCGAAGUAUAUCCAUUCGCUUUCGAUUUACGGGACCAACAAAAACAAAAGCAAAAGCAAGAACAUCUUAAAAAAUUAGUAGAAGAAGAGACUAAAGUGAGAAUAUUUCGGGCAAAUCCAGUGCCUAACUUUAUAAAAUCUCGAACUAAAACUAUUAAUAAUCGUCGUAGUAACAAUGAGAAGAAAAACGAACAAAAUAAACUAAUAAAUGACAAAAAUAAGCCAACGAGUAAUAACUUAAAUCAAAAAGUACAACAAUCUGAUAAUUGCGACAAGCAAAGUAAAAAGAAUAUCGAAGUGUGGAAGAAACCACCAUUUGUACCACGUUUGGCGAAAAAAAAAUUGCAAUUGCCAAAAACCCCACCUUUGCAUACAAUGAUUCGAGCUCAAGAAAGAAAACAGUUUGAUGACACUGUGAAAGAAAAAGAAAGACUGAGAGAAGAAAAAAGACAAAUGGAAAUUGCUGCUAAAAAAAAGCAAGAAGAGGAAGAAAUUGCUCUGCUAAGAAAAAAAACUGUUCAUAAAGCCCAACCGAUUCCUAAAUAUAAAUCGAGUUUACCGAAAGUUGAGAAACGACCAUUAACUGACCCUGUAAGUCCAUUAGUAAUGAAACGGCGUCGCUAUACAUAUUUAAAUAUUUAA